AACAAAAAGUGCAGGAAAGCACAGCUAAAACUAAACAGAUCUCAUCUUGGUCCAGAUAUGUAAAAAUAUAAAACAAUAAUUGACACGGAUUUAUUCUACUAAUAAAAUCUCUGACGAAAUUAAUGCAAAUAAUAUAUAUUGAAAGAUGGCUAGCGAGGAAAUAAUUGAGGCUAAUAAGAAACCACAGCCUGUGUUUAAGAACCGCUUGUUUCAACAAAAAUUUCGUCCGACCAGCACUAGUGGCAAGAAACGUACUUGGCGUUCAUUAAAACAAGUUUUGGCACAGGAACGCUCAUUGCCAUGGCCAGCAAUAAUAAAACAUUAUAGUUCCAUCAAUGCACCACCAAGUUUCAAACCUGCUAAGAAGUACUCUGAUAUUUCCGGCUUACCGGCACGAUAUACGGAUCCACAGACUAAAUUAUAUUAUGCAACUGCCGAAGAAUUCGCAACAGUUCGCAGUUUACCUAUGGACAUAACAGCAGGAUAUCUAGCUUUACGCGGAGCAUCUAGCAUCGUUGGUUAAAUAAUUCAAUACUUAGAUAGUAUUUUCGUAUAAAUUGUGGUCCAUGCAAUUUGGCACAAUAGUUAUUUCGAAUACAUAUUUGCGUUUACAAACAAGAGGAUUUUCUUAGAGGGAGAGACGGAACAAUUCAAGAGACAGAAUAAAUAAAGUAUCGAUAUUUUUUUUAUCUUAUAGAGAACGUUUGUAACAUUUUGUCAUACCUGCCAAUAGUGCUUUGUUUUAGGAUUUUUCAAAAUAAACAAUUUCAUGGAUAA